GGUUAAAUUUGGUCUGUCCCGUCCAGAACCGAGGUCACCCGCUUCAGUUUUGUGUCCGUUUUGCGUAACGCUUCAGGCCUGGUUCUCAGAAAAACCGAGCAACAGUCGCUCCUGGCAGCCAUGAUAAAUUAUAGUUCAAUGCAGCGCUGUUGAUCAAAUUUGCAUCGUUAUUUGGUAGCUGAAAAGUUCAUGUCUUUGCUGUGUUUGCCCACAGGUCAGGAUCUACCGCUGUGGCAAUUAAAUGCUCAUAAAACAGAGAACAGGGUAGGGACGCUCGUGUUUGGUUUCAUUUUGAAAAGUUAGUAGGUUGCACAUCAGAGGAUGUCAACUGACGCACAGAGCGCGAGACUCAACACGUUUUAUCACGCUCUCGUGUGCGCUGCACGUAUUCCCCACGCUUUAAAAAGCUGACGUGAGUUGAGCUGGUUUUGUGGACACUGACAGACACCGUGCAGCUGUGUGAGCUGAUGAACAUCCUGUCAGGUCUGUUCCCGCGGAGCUGCAGCAGAAUGAAGCUUGUUCUGUGGUGCUGCCAUGAGUGAUUCUUGGCUUUGGGAAACUGUGCAAAGAAAGAAUAUUUUCAGUUUUAACUUGGGAGGUUUUACCCUGACUUUAGAAAGAGUCGUCUUAAGUUCCCCUUUUGUCAGAUCACUUUGACCCUAAGAGCACUGAACAGAGGGGUAUUCUCUAACACUACAUGGGCCUCUAAGGAUAAUUAAGCCUCUUGAGCCUCCUCUCUGUGCUGGAAAGGUAAAACUUAUGUGAAGACAUGGACCCAUCUACUAGAGUGGUGGGUCUGGAUGCCCAGGGGAACAUGGUUUUCACAGUAGUAAAACCGGUCAUGGGUAUCUUUCAGGUGUCUUCAGAGCAAACAGGUAGUGCUUCAGAAGGGAGCAUGGGGCUACAGGGUUUAUCUGAAAACACACUGAUCCUCCCCCAAGCACAAGGCCAGGCUCCGCUAGACCAGAGUCAGGUGGAAAUGCACAGCAUGCAGCCUCAUAUUCAGCCCCAGAUGCAGAUUUCUGCUCCACUUCACACUGAGGAUAUGUCCCAGAACCAGGACCUGACACCAGACUUGAGCAUAAAUUCACAGAAGACAGCCCAGAUGCCUUUUGCUGAAGUUUCGUCACUCCUGGAUCCCAACAUGAAAGGAUCUAAGGCUCGAAAGUAUCUCAUCUCGUAUGAUGAGAUUAAACGGCGCCUGCAGGCCCCGGAGAAGAUGUCCCUGCGUUCCUUGGCAGCCUACACUCGGGUCAGCAGAGGCCCAGCCAGCAAGAAAACCCUUCUGGAGUCACUCGGUGUCCUCGGCCUCACGCCAAGCACCACCACAUCUGUAUCCUCGUCUUUCUCCAAACUCACAGAAGGUGACACCGGAGCAUUGUGUGAGGACAUGAAGGACUUUGCCCAUGACUACAUUGACUACGGCAACAUGGCCAAACAGCUCAUCCCUGAGAUAAAUACAGUUCAACACUGGUCCAAAAUCAUUGAAACUAAGAACCACCUUGAGGAUAUGAGAAAAUGUUUCAAGGACCCGGCCAACAGCGGUGCAUUUGACAACGUCACUCAUGGCCUGGGUCUGGGAAUGCUUGACGUUGCGCUGGACAUGAUCAUUAUGGUAAUUGAACAACAGAUUCGGAUCUUGUCUGGUGCAGCGGCCUCAGAUCCAUCUGACUCUGGUCCGCCGAUGCGGCGUAUCCGCAGGCGGCACCGCAAAACGCGAUUAACUGACAACGAGAAGUCUCACAAGGUGUCUGGAGGCGUCGAUGAGCAAGAGAAGGUCAUUUCAAAAGGCAAGGGGCGAGGCAGGGCCAGGAAGAAUAUGAGGCAGGAAACUGGAGCUGCUGGUCCUGUGGAAACCCGUGCAGAGCAGGGCAAGCAAGAUGAUGUGGAGAGUAACGUCCUUACCCUGGUUUCUGUAGGAUAUGAGACCGUUUCCAGUGGUCUCAACGCAGCUGGAACUGUUUGACACUGUCACAUGACAUGAGUCUAAAGAACCAAUUAAAGUCCUAUUCAAGGGGACACUCAGCAAUGGGACACAAAGUCUGCACAAGCUGAGCAGGGUUGAAGUACUCACAGUUAUGGUGAGCUCAGCAUCAAUGUGUCCAACUUAAAGGACUAGGUCAACAUUUGGAAAAUACAGAGGUUAGCUUUCUUGCUGAGAUAAAAAGAUUGAUGCCACUCACAUCUGUGCAUUAAAUAUGUAGCUGGGGUGAGAAGCUUGUUAGCUUAGCUUAGCAUGAAGACUGGAAAUGAGGCGGAGGGACAGCUAGCAUGGCCGUCUCCAAAGGUAACAUAAUUCAGCUGUUUAAUCUGUUUUUACACUUUGGUUGUUAAAGUGCAUGAAGAUGUCAGCCUGAGAAGGCUCAGAACAGGUUGUGGCUGUACAAAUCCGUUACCUUUAGGGAGAGCCUUGGCAGCCUUUUCCUACAGUUACAGUGUUUAAAGUAUGAAUCUUUUGUGUUUUGGUGAGAAAGCAAAUCAAGACGUUUCCCAAAAAGUCAAAGUAUCCCUUUAAGUGAAUCCUCUGUUUCUUUGGUAGCAGAUUUUUUAUAUACUUAGUCUGUGUCCAAGUUAUAUUUUAUUUUUUUAUGCUGUGUUUUCAGUGAACAGACAAAAAUCCCCACUGAUGUAAAUGUAAAUCUGCUCAUGAUGUACAGCAGAUAAUAUCAGAGGUCUGGAUUAUAUUUUUCCUGGUGGUACUAUGUCUUCUGUUUCCCUGAUGUAUUUAUUGUUUGGAUUUCCAGUUCUGUACUAGAUUGUUGAAAAGUUUGCUUAGUAAAAUAUAAAGAUUUACUUUUCAUAA